AUGGACGCGCCGGCGCUGCUUGCUGCCGCGGCCCCGGACGCGCUCGGGCCCCAACUCGGCGGUGGCCCCGCCCGGCCCCACAGAGCCCCGGGCCCCGCGCGCCGCCGCCUGCUGCUGCUGAGGGAGCCAGAGGGCGGCGCGCGGGACCCGCGCUGCGCGGAGGCCGGGCCGCCGGCCGUCGCCGGCGGCGACUCUCUUGUGAUGCUGCUGGACGUGGCGCGCGGCGCUGCCGCGGCCCCGGGGCGGCAGGAGCCGGAGCCCGAGCCCCGAGCCGCCUCGAACCCGGCCGGCCGCGCCGCGCAGGCCCCCGGCACCGCGCCCCUCGGGGGCCCCGGGUCCGCCGGCCCCCAGGACCUGCUGGUGCGCCUGGAGCGCGGCGUCCUUGCGCUGGCCGCGCCGUCUCGGGGCCCGCCGCCCGGCCAAGAGGCCGGCAGCCCGGCUGAGGCCCGCCGCGCACCCGCACGCCCCGGCUACCGAUGCCCCGAGCCGCAGUGCGCGCUCGCCUUCGCCAAGAAACACCAGCUCCAGGUGCACCUGCUCACGCACGGCAGCGGCCAGGGCCGGCGGCCCUUCAAGUGCCCGCUGGACGGCUGCGGCUGGGCCUUCACCACGUCCUACAAGCUCAAGCGGCACCUGCAGUCGCACGACAAGCUGCGGCCGUUCGGUUGCCCAGUGGGCGGCUGCGGCAAGAAGUUCACCACCGUGUACAACCUCAAGGCGCACAUGAGGGCGCACGAGCAGGAGAGCCUGUUCAAGUGCGAGGUGUGUGCCGAGCGCUUCCCCACGCACGCCAAGCUCAGCUCGCACCAGCGCAGCCACUUCGAGCCCGAGAGGCCCUACAAGUGCGACUUUCCCGGCUGUGAGAAGACGUUUAUCACCGUGAGUGCUCUGUUUUCCCACAACCGGGCCCACUUCCGGGAACAAGAACUUUUCUCCUGCUCGUUCCCUGGAUGCAGCAAACAGUACGACAAAGCCUGUCGCCUGAAAAUCCACCUGAGGAGCCACACAGGUGAAAGACCUUUUAUCUGUGACUCUGACAGUUGUGGCUGGACCUUCACCAGCAUGUCUAAGCUCUUGAGGCACAAGAGGAAGCAUGAUGACGACCGCCGGUUCCCCUGCCCUGUCGAGGGCUGCGGCAAGUCGUUCACCCGGGCCGAGCACCUGAAGGGCCACAGCGUCACCCACCUGGGCACCAAGCCCUUCGCCUGUCCCGUGGAAGGGUGCCGUGCCAGGUUCUCGGCGAGGAGCAGCCUCUACAUCCAUUCCAAGAAGCACCUGCAGGACGUGGCUGCCCCGAAGAGCAGGUGUCCGGUGUCCAGCUGUGACCGGCUCUUUGCCUCCAAGCACAGCAUGAAGGCCCACGUGCUCAGGCAGCACCGCCGGCACCCAGAUCUCUUCCCUCCGCUGGGGGCUCCGAGCACGCUGAUGCCCAGCAGUGACCCCGGCAGCCCCGGGCAGGGCGAGUUCAGCCACGUGGACCUGGCUGUCCUUUUCUCCGACCCGCCAGCUGACGGCAGUGCUGCCCCCGGGGCCCCUGACGAGGCGCUGGGCGCUGGGAUCCUGACCAUUGAUGUGACUUCUGUGGGCGCCUCUCUUGGAGGGGACCUCCCUGCCGGUCAGGCUUCCUUCGGGCCGAUGGACCCGCUGGUCUUGGUGGCCCACGGUGACAUCCCACCUGGCCCGGACAGCCCCCUCGUCCUCGGGACGGCAGCUGUGGGUUUCCAGCAGGGCAGCCUCGCCACAGACGACAUGCCGGCCAUGGGCGCAGGGGCCCUGGGCUGUCUGGUGGCCGUGCCUGUGAAGAACUUGGGUCAGGACCCCCAGGCUCUGACCCCAAGCGGCCCCCAGGGAGCCAACAGUGUUCCGGAGCCGCUGGUGCCCAUCAAGGUGGAGCCAGACUCGCCCCCCCGCGCCCAGCCUGGCUGGCAGCAGGAGCCUGGCGAAGGGGCGUCGCGGCCUGCGGAGUCCAGCCCCUUGGAGCAGAGCGGUCCUCGGAGAGACGCUAGGCUUGCGGCGGGGACCGGCGGCUUCUACCUGCAAGGUGGAGGCUCAGCGAGAACUGAUUCCCAGUCCGUUCAGCGAGCCCAGGAGAAGAAGCAGAGAGGCCCCGGGAGCCGCGCUGGAGGUGCUGCCUGUGGGCGGAGGCGCCGCGGGGCCCAAGGAGGCGCCAUGCUUGGGAGGUGCGGCUGGUCUGCAGGCCCGGCCAUGACCCACCCGGCCGGGCCGGGGGUGCUGCUGGGCGGCCAGGCCCAUUCUUCAGAGACUCCGGGGCACGGUGUUGAGGGUUUCUGUUCCGCUCCGUCAGGGACGGUUGGGGCUGGGCCUCCCGCCCUGGCUGCGAGAGCAGGUGCUGGUCUCCCUGCUCGGACACGGGGGGGCCCCUGAGGACGGCAGGGCCCCCAGCCGACAGGCCGAGGACGCAGGGGGCCCUGCAGGCUCUGCUGCAGCCCCCACGCCGGCAGAGUGUCGAGCUUCCUUAGUUUUUAUUUGGGCGUCGGUGUCUCGUGGCAGCCGACAGCGGUUUGCAGAGCUGUCCUCCAUGCACCGAGGCGCGUGCCGGACCCUGACCCUGGCCUGGGGCCGCUCAGGUGUGCGCCCGCCCUGCGGGAGGACGCGAGUUGUGACCGUGCACGGUUACUGCCCGCGGGGGGACUGGACCCAGGCCCCCGGAGCUGGUCCCUGUGCCUUUGCAGGUGUUGUCGUUCAGAUGCUGGUGGUUCUCACUCUGCUUUCUGUCUGUCUCUUGAGGCGCGGGCCUGGGCCUGUGGGAAUGACCCCACUUUCCAUGGUGACCCCCGGUGUCCUGUGGGGGCAGGGGUGGGGGCUGCGUCCUCAUCUGUAGAUGGAUCUCAGCUGCCUCACCAGCACCUCAGCUCCCGGCUUGUCCAGAGCGCCCUGGACACGCAGCCUCCGGGCCAGGGUUGGACCUUUGUCCCCUGAGGUGCUUGGGACCGGCUUCCGUUUCCCAUGCACUGAGGUCCCUGCUGCUCUUGGGCCCAGCUCUUCGUGUGAGUGAAUAAAAGUUUUUGUAGCCGA